AUGGAUGGGGACGGCAACAACGCAGUGUCCAAAUGGGAGAUCUUCAAGGCGGUGGAGAAGCACCGUGAGCUGGCAGAGUUUUUCUUACCAGGGCUAGACUGCAGCAGGGUAAUGCAGGACGAGUCCACGUUCGAUGCGGUCAACUGCGUGUUCCAGUCCAUCGCCGGCGGCAAGAAGCGUUUCGCAUAUAGUGAUUUCGAGUGGCACUAUCGCGUGACGGAGACCAGAGAUACGAGAACUCAGAGAGCGCUCGCAGACGGAGGAGAUGGACGUGGCCGCAAGCCGCCGCCAGACCCGGAUCCUCGCCAUCGGCCCAGGAGACUGGGAUACGGGCGCGCGCUGAACCCGCCGCAGGCAAACUCGCUCUUCGAGGCGGGCUUCCAGGUGAGGUUCAUAGACGACCUUCCGAACCCCGAGCACGACCAGUUCCCCGUGCAGCCCUACCUGCAGAUGAUCAGGCAAGAGAUCGACGCGUUCAAGCCGGACAUCAUGACCGCAGCCUCCAAGGGUGGCGUCUAUUUAGUGAGAUUAUGGCAGACGGGACUCUGGCUCGGCCCGUCCGUGCUGAUCAACGCCCACCCGACGUGCAUUCAGCUUCCCAAGAAUUGCCCCGUGGUCAUCUGCUCGGGCGACCAGGACGAGGUCUACAGAGUGAAGCGGGAACACUGCGACGAGCUCAUACAGACGGGCACCCAGAACAUGACGUUCCUGCUGUUCAUCGGCAGCAGCGGGCUCCUGCCCCAGGGCAUCCGGUCGCGCGAGGGCGACACGCACAACAUGGUGUCCCUGACCCAGAACGAUUGCCUGCCGCGCCUCAUGGACGCGGUGAUGGACGCCGACGGGCCCGAGGCCCACAUGAUCCGCACCUGGCGGGAUCGGCUCAGCCGGGAGCGUCUGCAGGCCGAGGGCGCGCUCGGCUACACGCCCCAGGCGCUGCAGAAGCGUUGGCAGUCCCAGGCCCAGCGGGGCCUGGAGGACCGGAAGCUCUGGGACGUGCCGCGCGGCUCGGAGGAGUUUCGGUGCGUGGAGGCCAUCUUCAAGGCGCGCUCCCGAGAGCCGCCCGCGUACAAUACUGGGCCGCAGGCGAACUGGGACAGGCGCCCCGUCGUGGCCGUGCAGCGCAUCGAGAACGGCCUGCAGGUGAGCGGCAGCGUGGUGCCUUACUACAACGCUCUGCGCCACUCCUUCGAGGACCAGCAGGUGCUGUUCGAGCCUGGGGUGCACACCAUCUGGACGUGGCACGGCGCAGACGCCACCGCCAUCGACUCCAUCAUCAACGACCCCAUGCAGGGCAUGCGGCCAUUGGCCGUGGGCACUCGCGGCGCCUCGCUGUGGGGCAAGGGCACCUACCUGGCGCGGGACGCGAAGUACGUCGGGGAGGCCGGCUUUUGUGGGCAGCGCUCCCAGGACGGCACCUCCCGGAUGCUGAUGUGCCUGACCAUGAUCGGCAUACCAUGCGCUGGCGACCCCAACCACCAGGGCCUGCUGCCCUACAGGCGCAAGCCGCACCGGUACCACAGCUCCGUGGACCACCUGUCCACCCCAGAGGUCUUCAUCGUGCAGCAGGGCGGCGCCGUGCUGCCCGCCUACGUGGCGGCGGCCGUGGCGGCGGCGGUGCUCGGCGCCGCCGCCGCCGUCCGGACGCCGCCCCUCGGCCCGGACGGCGCGCGCGCGAGCUCCGUGCCCGUCAGGACGGUGCGGAGGGUGAUCGGCACCACCUACCGGGUGCUGCCGCUGCCAGCUGCGGCGGCCGAGGAGGCCCCCCGCGCGGGCGCGGAGCCUGCGCAAAGGCUGCCGCGGCCGUGGACACCGCCGGGGAGCCGGCCGCCGUGGACCCCGCAGCUGGCCGCGCGGGCGUCGCGGGGCUCGCUCAGGACGCCCUGGGAGGCCGUGGAGCCCGGCCCGCCCGCCGCCUGGGCCACCCCGCAGCUGCGGCUGGCGCGAUCGCUGAGCCCGCGUCGCGCCGCGCAGGACGUGGCCGCCGCCGGCUGGUCGUCACCGCCGCCAGGUGGCUACGUCGUGCUGCAGAGCUCCCGCCUGCGCCGGUGACGGAUGCGCGUGCGGCCGGCGCGUAUGAGGGCGUCUGCUACCAUCUUUUGAUGGAUGGGCGCUAAAAGUCU